GGAUUAAUGGCUAUUUGAUUUAUUGUGAUUGAUCAACAACUUAUCUUACCUUCGAACUACAAGGAAAUGUGGUUCCAGAAAUAUUUCAAUAAUUUAAUCAACGUGAAAAACAAUUUCCUCAUUCCUCAUUCGAGUCACUUAACAGGCUUGCAAAACCUGAAACCAGAGGCCAUAAUGAUAUUGAUAAGAGGUUUCUGCUGAAUCUGUACAACGUGUAUUAAGUUGUGUAAUUUCAGUCAUAAGCAGAGAGACAGAGAUCAAUGUUGGUAUAAAACAGAAUGUUUUCUGCUUUGGGAAAUAUAUUUAACUACUUCUUUAAUCAAGAAGAUACUGAGGAUGACAACACAGAAACCAGAACAGAUGAGGUACAAUCAAAAUGGCCCGAUUCCUCUUUCAUUAUCGAGGAGCAAGAGAUUGAGGCUUUUGAAACCAGACGUUUUGACGGCAAAGUGACACACGUGUUUGGUGAACAUGGCCUUGUUGAUGGAGAAAUCUAUUUUGCUUUAGACGACUCACAGGGUUCCCAUAAGCCAGGGGUUGGCGAUGCUGUUUCUGUUGUUGCUAAGCAACAGUAUGAAAAUGGGGGCUGGUAUGCGGAAGAAAUAACAGUCGUUUCCAAGUCAUGGGAGGAUGAGGAGGAAGAAGCUGAAGCAGAACCCAAAUCAGCUUGUGUUGGUAAAAUAACACAACUAGGGAAUGAAACCGGGAUGAUUAAUGGUGAACUUGAGUUUGAAAUAGACAGCUGUGUGGAGAAUUUCAAACCCUGGAGAGGCGAUUGGGUCACAGCCGAGCUGGAAGCAGUGAAAGUAUCAGAAGAUGAGGACAGAGUAUGGGCUGUAAAUGUUGAGCCUUUACGUCAAUGGACAUUUGUCGGAGAUGUUUCGGCUGCGAUGGAGGAUCAUGGGUAUGUUGAUGGGGAGGUGUAUUUUACCCCCAAGGUGUGUGUCAACAACUACCGUCCAAGGAAGCGGGACAGGGUGAAAGUGACCGCUAUAGAGAGCCACCAGGGGAAGUGCUCCUGGCGAGCCACACAAGUUGUACCCUGUUCCAGUGAUGAUGGAGGCAGGUCUAACCCACACAAAGUGAAUCAAUACAAAGCUGCAGGGUCAGGUGAAUGGGUCAUCCCAGGUCAGAGGCCACAGAGGUUUCAGAACAAGAUGAAGCUGCCCCAGAAACUUCCAUCAUUUGUAGUUCCCGAACGGUUACGUCAGUGUGUUUGGUGUGACGGUGAGCUCACUGAACUCGUCCCUGAACUGGCACAGGUACUGACCAUGGACAACUACGUAAAGAAGUUUUCAGCUCUACUGCACCUGGAGGAAAUACAGCAAGAGAUUGACAUCAGGCAGUUUGAUCUCCACAGGGUGUGUUUACGUCGAUGCGGGGAAUACCUGGCCCUCCAAGUCCCAGGCCUUGCUGAAGGUCGACCUUCUAUUCUCAUUGGAGACAAGAUCAUCCUCACCGAUCCAGGGGACCCUGAUGGACCCUGCUACGAGGGUUUUGUGCAUGAGAUACACAGCAGCGAAGUGCUGUUGAAGUUCAAUCCAGAAUUCCAGGGAAAGUACAAUGGAGAGGAUUACAAUGUGGAGUUUACGUUUAACAGGACGUCGCUGCGCCGAUGUCACCAGGCCGUCUCACUGGCUGUCCGCCAUCUCAAGGACACAGUUCUGUUUCCUACUUAUCUUCAAACCAAAAUGCCACAGAUCCAACUCUCCAAGCCAUCUGGAGCGCAAGAUGUUGUCAAACUCCAGGCUAGCUACACUGGCUUUGGUGGCACCACUCAAAAUAAUGGUAACUGUCAUCCACAAAACAAAAAUUCUGUAGACAAGGAAGGCACUGACAGAAACGGUAAAUCUACAUAUUUGCCAAACAUCAACCCAUGGACACAGGAUCAAGUCAAGUUUUUCAACAGAAGUCUCAACAACAGACAGAAGGCUGCUGUUAUUAAGAUUCUCCUCGGGCAGAGUCGGCCUUUGCCUUAUGUCAUAUUUGGGCCACCAGGUACAGGGAAGACGAUGACGAUGGUGGAGGCAAUCCUCCAGGUGUUCUCCCAGAUCCCGUCCAGUCGGAUUAUAGCGUCCACGCCAUCCAACAGUGCUGCAGACCUUCUCGCGGAGAGACUUGUGGCGAGUGGCUUGGUGAAAGAGUCUGACUUGGUGAGACUGAAUGCAUUCAACAGGAGCCUGGAGAACGUCCCUGAGGUAUUAGAGAAGUACUGUCGCUAUGGAGACGACCUUGAGCUGAUAUCACGGUACCGCGUUGUUGUGUGUACAUGCAACUCUGCUGGGUCUCUGUACAUGCUGGGGCUGAAGGCCGGACACUUCACUCACGCGUUUGUAGACGAGGCAGGGCAGGCGACAGAGCCGGAGUGUCUGAUAUCUACAGGACUUGUGGCAGGAGCAGACGGGCAGAUCGUAUUGGCAGGAGACCCCAAACAGCUGGGCCCAGUGAUCAUGUCGAAGUUCUCCAAGAUGUACGGCCUGGAGUUCUCUUUCCUUGAAAGGCUAAUGGAGAGGUCACUGUACAUGAGGAAUGAGAGGCUGUUUGCAGAUCAUGGUGGAUUUGAUUCCAUGCUGGUUACCAUGUUGGUGGAGAACUACCGGUCUCACCCUGCCAUUCUGGCGCUGCCGUCCCGCCUGUUCUACUUCGACCAACUGGAGGUGGUGUCUGACCCAGCCCUCACUCAUACUCUGUGUGACUGGGACAUGCUGCCUCGGAAAAACCACCCCGUCAUCUUCCACGGACUCAGGGGAGAGGACAUGCGUGAAACAGACAGCCCCUCCUGGUUCAACCCCAUGGAAACCGUCCAGGUUGUUCACUACCUCCAGAGUCUGUUGAACAAUCGAAAAUACAGACUGACAGUGGACGACAUUGGUAUCAUCACGCCCUACAGGAAACAGGUGGAGAAAAUCCGUCUAAUGAUAGACAAACUGGAUGUGGACAUGGUGAAGGUUGGAUCUGUGGAGGAGUUUCAAGGACAGGAGAGAAAGGCCAUCAUCAUUUCAACAGUGCGAGCCAAUGAGAAACUGAUAGGCUUCGACCUCCGUCACACUUUGGGAUUCCUUAGCAAUGCAAAACGUUUCAACGUUUCCAUCACACGAGCCCAGGCCUUGCUCAUCAUUGUUGGAAACCCACACGUUCUGUGUCAGGAUGACAAGUGGCGCUCCCUGAUUCGACACUGUGUGGACAAUGGUGCUUAUGUGGGCUGCGAGCUGCCAGACUUCACUCAGUAUGGAGAGGAUGGAAAGGAGGAUGGUCACGAACAGUCAGAAGCAGACGGCACCUCAGAUCAAGGGGGAGACAAUUCCUGAAAUUGUGACAAACACUGAGAGAUCUGCCAUCAAUGUCACCACUGUUCAUGGGCAGGCAGCUACUUGAUUUGGUGAGACUGUGACAAAGACCAAUAUUGGGGAUGCCUAUAGCUGUGCAUUGAAAACAGACAUCAAUGCCACUACUGAGCAAGGGCAGCAUAUUUUACAUUCGGUCAGACUGACAAAGACCAAGAGAGCAGACGCCUAUUUCUUUGUACAAAUCAGACAUCAAUGUCACCACUGAACAAGGGCUGGCAAAUACAGCAUUUUGGUGAGACUUUAACAAAGAUGGAUGGAGCAGAUGUUUAGUACUUCAUAGAAAGCAGACAUCAGUGUCACCUACAAGCAAGGGCAGGCAACUACUGCAUAGAAUGAGACUAUGACAAAGACUGAGAGAGCAGACAACUCCUGUUCUGUACAGAAGAUGAAUGGCAGUGCCACAGUGUGGAGUGAGAGACGAUUAAAUGUGAAUCUAAGGAGACACAUCAGUGACACAGAUCCUGUGAUUUGAGUGAAGAGAAUCACAUUGUAAUGUAUUUUGUUGAGAAUAGAAUUAACUUUGUUGGUCUGAGAGGCUAAUGCAGUGUGGAUUAUAUUUGUAAGCAGCUACUGUCCAAGAGGGUUGGUAGGGGAAUGGGGGAUACAAAUCACAAAAAUCAGUACUUCCAUAAACCCGUCAAGAGAAGAAUAACAGCAAAAUGGUUAUAGAUACUAAUAUUGUAAGUAUGAAAACCUUCAAGAAAUUACUGGUGAGAAGGUCAACUGAAUUUUUUGCUGGAAGAAAAUCCCCAUCUGCUCAAGCACACCCAAGAAUGGACCGAUUUACAACCGGCAUUUGACAUGUCUCAAGUGCUUUGAAGAAAUGUGUUUAAAAUCUCGGGACAGCUUUUACACAGAAAUAAUGGCUAUGAUGUAAUAGACGUGUGUUCGGAGGAUUAUAUAUUUUUGCCACAGCCUGGUUGAUUAUUUUAUUGAAACUGCAUGAAAGAUGACUGGAAGUAUUUAAGAGUGGAUUCCAUCAGUUUUUGUGUGAAUUGAGGAAAGCUGGACAUCUUCAGUUGAAGUUUAAAAUUGACAUAUCCACUGCUCACCAUGCAUUUCAUGAUGUGUUUUAAAGUAUGAGAUCAUAUAAUGGGUCUUCAAACAAUGAAAUUCAUUUUUCAUCUGACAUUUAUUGCAGGAUCUUUUAUUUCAAAACAAUUCCUUUUAUUCCUUGCUGAAUGCGAUAGUGUGUCUUACAAAAUAAAUACAAUACAACA